UAGCGGCCCAAUAGCAUCCACAAGCGUAUUCAGGUAAAUAUCAUUCAGGGCUCAACAUACGGCAGUCUUUGUCUAGUCCUUUCCCUCCGCGGCCGGCCGUCGUUCCUGCUUAUAUGUCGCUCUGACAUCUUCGCCCUCGAGGCUCCUCUUUUCUUCCAGCGCGCUGUCUCAGACGAUGCUCGCCGAACGCUCCCUUCGUCCGCUCCCUCUUUCGCCGGCCCAGUCCCGCCCACCGUCUCCGCGAGACCUACUUCCUCUCUCGGCCAGUCGCGCGACCCCUUCGCGUCCGCUUCCGCUCCCUGCCCCGCUCACUCGUUCACAGUCUUCUGCUAGUCUUAACAAGUGUCGCCCGCUUCCCGUACCUCCAGGCGAAGUAGACGCGCUCGCGCCCUUACGCAGGCUCUCCGUGACAGACGCGUCCAACUCCCGUACUCCACCGACUCGACCGACAUUAAAUACUAAUGCAAGCCCGACGAGGCCCGCUGUCCGUCCGCUGCCCACACCCAUCAGCCCCAAUGCGGACUCUACCGCGCCACUAUCAGGCAGUGCAUUUGCGCCGACGUCUUGGCGGCAGGCUUCAGACGCCACCCGCGGUCGAUCAAGCACGAGUGCAUCUGCACCUGGACCGCUGCUGGAUGACUUCGAAUGCUUCGGUAUUCGCCCUACAGACGUUGGCGCGUCCUCCUCGCCCGGACACGUCGCGAAGGCGAAGAGUGAGGAUCUGCACAGGGAUGACCGAGACCGCCCCCAGCGCCGCCUCUCUCAGAAAGCCGCUCUCGCGAUUAUUGCGCGGGAUAGGGUUGAGCAGGAGGAGGCAUGGCGAGCCUUGCUGGCGAAGAAGGGCAACCAACACGGUAGACUCUGACAUGGGAGUCGGACGUGGAGGCGAUCCGUCUAU